AACGCGGAAACAUAAAGUUGGCAAGGGUUCUCGGCCAUGUCUAGAAGGUGACCUUAGUGUCUCGUCAACUCUCGCGAGAGGUCCGAGAGUUGCCGUUGAAACCAACGCGUCGCUCCGGUUGCUCUCGCAAAUCACGCGAGAUUACACUGUUGCGGUAACCCGCAGGGCCGACGCUACGCAAAGUACGUAAAUUCUCGCGUUUGAUUCGGCGCGUAGGAAAUAGUUGCGUAGAAACUAACAACAAACAUGGCAGACGAUCACACAGAUGCGGAUCAGAGCAUGGAAGGACACACUCCUGUCGCAGAAAAUCCCCACGCAGAGUACGGGCUUACGGAAAACAUUCAGAGAAUAGUGGAGAGCGAGAAGGCCAACCCUGAUAAAGUACCCAAACAGAAGGUGGAUCUCCAGACGCUACAGACUCUCCCCACGCGAGCGUAUCUGGAUCAGACAGUGGUGCCCAUUCUGCUCCAGGGCCUCUCUGUGCUCGCCAAGGAACGAACGAAGGCGUCUUCGUUCACGGCGCCGCAAACCAACUAAGCGUGUAUUUAUCAAAGUCGAACAUUUCUAUCAAGAACGCAGAGAAAACGAAGCUGAUGGUGGCGAGGAGUCGGGAAAUACCGUCGUCUACAGGAACAGGUGAUUGGUCAUUUAAAACCGUCUUGAACUGUGAUUGGUCGGUCGUCCGGGACAGCCGUGAACCUGCUCUCUCGACUCAUAUAACCAGCAGCUGUGCAUUUAGGAACUUUCAGGUUGUGCGAAUAAUAGAGGGGGACACGGAACGCUACAUUGAUAUGAGGAAUAUUCCGGAACUGUGUGGUUUACAAUAAACAUUUACACGUUAAGUGUAAUCAUCACGACCCUUUUUUUUUUUUUUUUUUUUUUUUUUUGUCCCUCUU